AUGGAGAGCCUCCAAAACACCAACAUGGAGAGCCUCCAAAACACCAACAUGGAGAGCCUCCAGAACGAAGACAUGCGCACUGUACUCGAUGCCGUGGACGAACUACGUACAGUUGGUGUCAACAACAUCAUCCCUCUCCCACAGAUUGUCGCUUGCGGUGAUCAAUCCACAGGCAAGAGCUCCCUCCUGGAGGCGCUGACUGGUAUUCCAUUCCCUCGAGACACUGGACUUUGCACGCGCUUCGCUACUCAAUUCGUCCUUCGCCGCGCUGAUGAGGGUUCCAUCGCUGUCAACAUCAUUCCUGGCCCAAACCGAGUCGAUCAGAAUGAGCGUGAGCGCCUUGAAAACUUCGGAAGGGGCAAGACGUUCAACNCCACUAAAUUGGGUGAACUCAUCGAGGAAGCUACUCAAGUUAUGGGCCUUCCUCCACUGACAGGCAAGAAACCCAAGGUCGUUCGCGCUUUCUCACACGACGUGCUUAGUAUCGCCAUUUCUGGUCCCGAUCGUCCUUCGCUUACUCUGGUCGAUACACCUGGCUUGAUCAAAUCCAAGGGCAAAUAUCAGUCUCUUGAAGACAUCAAGACAAUCGAGGCCCUGGUCAAGUUCUACAUCAAUCAAGACAGCACAAUCUUGCUAUCCGUACUGUCAGCCAUGUACCAGUAUGAGCUUCAGCAAAUACCUGCUCUAAUCACAGAGGACGCUGCGCCACGUACCCUUGGCAUCAUCACAAAGUCUGACGGCCCAGGAGCCGAUACUGCACUCGAGGGCGAGUACAUUGAACUUGCACAGAACCAAGUUCUACCUCUCGGUCAUGGCUGGCAUGUGGUCANNAAAACAGGUAGAUCCGAGAAGGAGAUGCACUUCGAUAUGGAACAGCGUGAUGAGGCCGAGAGAAACUUCUUUGCUGGAAGCAAUUGGACUGAGUUAGACUCGGCUCGGCUUGGUGUUCCUACUCUAACCAAUCGACUCGCCAAACUGCUCUACCAACAUGUGCUCGCUGCCAUCCCUGGUCUCCAGAACAGUCUGAAGGUUAAGCUCCAAGAAGUUCAAGAAAGACUCGAUGAGCUUGGCCCGGGUAGGGGCACAGUUCAGGAACAUCGUGGUCUUCUGGUUGAUAUUGCUUCUCAGUUUCAACGUUUUGCUGAAGUGGCCAUUGACGGCAACUACAAGAAGGAUUCCUUCUUUGGACUGCCUUCUCGCAAAGUCUCGACAGACGUCAACCACAACGACCGUCGCCUUCGUGCGCUUGUACAAGACGCACACCGACAAUUUUCAUAUGCCAUUCGUCGUCAUGGAGCUGCAUACGAGGUCACAGAGACACCUACCGAGUGGGAUGCAUCCGACAGUGACGGUGACUUGCUUGGUCUCUCAGACACCACACUACGCCCUCCCUACAGCAACUUUGCAUCAGAACAGCAGAAGAUAAGUUUUGAAACUUAUGUCAACUAUGUGCAGGAUCUUGAGAAAUACUUCCGUGGCGCUCAGCUUUCUGGCAUGUUCAAUCCCGACAUUGUGGACGAGUUGUUCCGUAAGCAUUCUUCUCGCUGGUCAGAACUCGCAAGAGCACAUAUCAGAGAGGCGAACGAGCAUUGCAGAAACUUUAUCAUGACGCUUCUUUCUCAAGUUGCUCCACGAGACAUUGCCGGCAGAUUGGAAGCGAAACUUCGGCCUACUCUUCAGCAUCGCGAAGAGGAGGCAUUCAAGGUGCUCGACAAGUUCCUGCAGGUCGAGCGAAGUGUGCUCAUGACGUACGAUCCAAAGUUCACAAGAACAGUUGAAAGACUCCGAAUUGAACGUAUGAACCGCAAAUCGAGUGAGGGCACCAUAUCCAGCCCAAUGAGCGAAAUCUCACCACCACCUGCCAAGAUGCCUCGUACCGACACGAAGAGCCAGGUCAACAUAGAUGGUCUUGCUGCAGAAGAUGCCCUCUGCAUCAGCUGGGUCUACUACCGUGGCCAGCUUGAACAUUUUGUCGCCUUCUUGACCAAACACAUCAUCGAGUCAUAUAUGGUCGAAGGCUUGGACAAGAUCUUGUCACCUAAAGACUUUGGAAGCAUGACCGACGAGGAGACACUUUUGCUGGCUACCGAGGCUGAGGAGUUGGUCGAAGAGCGCAAAGGUCUUCUGCGCNAAAAGGAGAUUCUCNAAAAAGGCAAGGCCAAGUUCGACGCUGCCUUGAAAAGAAGUAGAGGAAUGUGA